CAAUUAUUCAACAUAACAACAUGUUCAGAAUGUAAGUUGAUAAUAUUUUUUUGUGAAAUUAGAAUAAGUGAGUUUUAUUGUUAGUUUACUUCAUUGAAGAAAAGUCGAUAUGGAUUCUGACAAUUCAGGAAGUGAAUCAUCCAAUGAGAGUGAACUUUCAGUGGAAAGUGAAGAUAUACAAGAACUGAGAGAUGAGGACAGCAACAGAGCUAAAAUCAGGAAACAGUUGUCUCAAAUGACUUAUGAGGAUAUACAAAAAUUGAAAGAAAAAAUUGGGUCUAAAGUAUAUAACAAUGUUGUAUUGGGCAUCAAAACCAGUAAACCUAAAACUAACUUCAAAAGAGCUAACAAAAAUCGCCCAAGGGAAAUGAGUUCCAAAAUUCGUCCAAGAGAAAUCAGUUCAAAAAAGAGUACCCCAAAUAGAGCGCCAAAAAAACAGAUAAUGCCACGAGAUCCCCGAUUUGACUCAAUGUGUGGAGAAUAUGAUGAAAAAUCCUUCAGAGAAAAUUUUAAAUUUAUUACAAACAUGAGAAGAAAUGAGAAAAAACAAUUAGAGAAAGAGCUUAAAGAUACUGAAGACCCAGAAAGAGUGAAACAGAUCAAAUUAUUAGUUCAACGACUAGGUAAUCAAAUUAGAGAAGCAGAAAAAAGAGAACAGCUACAGCUAGAAAAAUUAGAACAAAGUAAAGAAAUGAAAGAAAAACUCGAAAUGGGUGAAAAACCAUUAUACAAAAAAAAAUCUGAAAAGAAAAUUGAAGAACUUCUCCAUAAAUAUGAUGAUUUGAAGAAAUCAAACAAACUUCAGAAGCAUAUUGAAAGAAGACAAAAGAAAGGUUGUUGAUAGAUCUAUUAUAACUGAGACUAUUUUCUGAGUAUUUAAUGGAUUUAGUCAUUACGUGAUGUAGAUUCAUAAUCAAAUAAAAUUAAACAAAUUGUCGGCCUACCGCCAAAACCAGACAAGUAACAUUUUGGUUAUGUUAUAGAAAUGAAGUUUGAAAGUUUCUGCCUACAAUAACACAACUUUAUGGUAGAAAACCUUUUAAUAUGUGAAAAAGUUACAUUGAUUGUGAUGCUGUGAACAUAAUUAAUGUCAGAAAUCAGGAAAAUUUGGUUACGAACAUGCACUUGACACCAAAAUGAUAAAAAAUGUACUUAUCUUGUUUUGGCAGUGAACCAAUUGAAUUAUUUCCACAAAUAUUAUUUGUUUUAGUUGAUAAUGAAUUUUCAUAAAAUAUAUAUCAAAACUUAGAAUGUAUAAACCAUCAUGGUCAUUUUUUUAUGUGAAACUCAUUGUUGUAAUUUUUUCCAUAAAAAAAAUUAAAUUGUUACAAAUACUA